UGUUCUUGUCGUGGCAUGACUUUAGAACACACGACUUUCGAUUGACCAUCUCGAAAACAGAUUGAUACGUGCGUAUGUAUGUCGAAUAGUCCAUUGUGAAUGACUCACAAUUAAAUAGAGACGAACGAUCGUUGUGUGAUCAAGACCACAUAAUUAGAACUGGAUAAGUACGAUGAAGGAACAAGCUGGGCCUUCCAGGCCUUCCGGGUCUGCUACGGAAGAAAAGGAGAAGGAUGAUAGAAUGUUUGAAUGUAACAUUUGUCUGGAUACAGCCAAGGAUGCGGUUGUAAGCAUGUGUGGACAUUUGUUCUGCUGGCCUUGUUUACAUCAGUGGCUAGAGACUCGCCCAACACGGCAAGUAUGUCCAGUUUGCAAAGCUGCUAUUAGCAAAGAAAAAGUCAUUCCAUUGUAUGGACGUGGAGCAACAAAACAUGAAGAUCCAAGAAAUAACGUUCCACCCCGUCCUGCUGGACAGAGAUCAGAACCUGAAACCAAUUUGGGAUUCUCUGGAUUUGGAUUUGGUGAUGGUUCAUACAUGUCUUUUGGAAUUGGAACAUUUCCAUUUGCAUUUUUCACAUCUACAUUUAAUUUUGGAGAUACUCGACCAAGUGCUGCUCCACGAGGCACUCCACAAUAUGAAGAAGAGCAUUUCUUGUCAAAGAUAUUUUUAUGGUUAUCAAUGAUAUUCAUCUGCUGGCUGCUAAUGGCAUAACUUUUUUUUUAAGUUUCACUGUAUGUCUCGUAAUUUUUACUAUUAUUCGGUCAGUCCAUUAUACGUGUGCUCAUACAUAAUUUUCCCUAUUUGUAAUAAUCUUUGUCAAACGUAUAACAACUAUACCCCUGCUUGGAUAAAUAAAUAUAUAAAUAGUUA